UGGUCACGUGAGGGUCACGCAGCGGCAGCAGGCGGAAGUGAAGUUGCAGUUAGAAACAACAAACCGCAGCAGAAAACUGUACAGUAUGACGACGGCGGCUCUGACUGCGGGUCUGGAGCGGAUUCCGGACCAGCUCGGCUACCUGGUCAUCAGUGAGGACGGAGUUCUGGCUUCUGCAGGUGAGCUGGAGAACGAUGAGCACACUGCCGGUGUGAUGAUGCAGAUGGUCCGGACAGCCUGCCGCUUCCGGUUAUCCGGGUCAACAGACGCGCCGUUCAAACGCAUGUCAGUAAUCCUGGAGGAUUUUGUGUACGUAGUGACGAUUUCAGGUCAGAAAGUGUUUGUGGUCAAACGUCAGAACAACCAGCACGAACCAGUCAACGUGUAGGAACCGGAGCGAACUGGACGAAGGCGAUGGCGUCAUUCUGUGAUUUAUUUUUGUUUACGAUGUCUGUAAAAUAAACAAUUUGAAACUGCUGCUUAAA